CAGAGACCACUUCCUGACCAAAGCCUCCCGGUCCUGUCUGCCCGUCUGUCUCACACCACUGUUGCCAUGGCGUUUGUUGGUCCUCCUGGCUAUCAGCCAAUCUACGGCCCUAGAAUUCCCUAUCUGGGGCCCAUUUAUGGAGGUCUGAGGGAAGGAGUGUCCAUCUACAUCCAGGGGUCCAUUCCAGAGGACAUUACCAGGUUCUUCCUCAACCUGCUCUGUGGGGAGUCCGAGUCCAGCGACAUCGCCCUCCACUUCAACCCUCGCUUUGACGGCUGGGACAAGGUGGUCUUCAACUCGUGUGAGGGGGGGUCCUGGGGGUCUGAGGACAAGACCCACGACAUGCCCUUCUCUAAGGGCGAGGCCUUUGAAAUGGUCAUCAUGGCCACGUCACAGGACUACCAGAUCAAGGUCAACGGGAAUGACUUCUACACCUUCCAACACCGCCUCCCUCUGGAGAGAGUCUGUGCGAUGCAGAUCGAUGGAGAUGUUUGCAUCCAGACGAUUAACAUCAUCGGGGGAGGAUAUCCAGGAGGUGGCAAUGGGGGAGGAUACCCAGGAGGCAUGGGAGGAGACGGCAUGGGAGAAGGCGGAGGAUAUCCAGGAGGUGGCAUGGGGGGCGGAUAUCCAGGAGGCAUGGGAGGUGGUAUGGAGGGAGGAUUCCCAGGAUCCAACCUGCCGGGAAUGGGCGGGCAGCCAGUCUACAACCCCCCGGUGCCCUACUCCAACAUGAUCCCAGGAGGGAUGUACCCUAAGAGGACCCUCAUCAUCAGAGGCAUGGUGCCCUAUGGAGCAGAAAGUCUGUCCAUCAACUUCAUGGUGAGCAGAUCUCGGGACAUCGCCUUCCACAUGAAUCCCCGGGUGAGGGAGGGCAUCGUGGUGAGAAACAGCAUGAUUGGAGGAAACUGGGGCCAGGAGGACAGAGAGCUCAGCAUGAACCCCUUCUCCGAGGGACAGUACUUCGACAUGUCCAUCCGCUGCGGGGUCGAGAGGUUCAAGGUGUUUGUGAACGGGCAGCACCUGUUCGACUACUUCCACCGCCUGCAGUCCUUCAACGAGAUCGACAUGCUGGAGAUAGAAGGCGACGUGCAGAUCUCCUACAUCCACUUCUGAGCCCACACACACACACACACACACACUCUGUAGGAACUAUUCAUUCUGUACAUUACUCUAUUUCAUGUGUUUUUUCUCAGCUGCGGGCUAUCUUUCAAAAGGAGACGUCAGCCUGCUGUAUGAUAACAUGAAUUAUUCACCUCACCAUCUGCUGUAUUGAAAUAAAUAAACACAAACAAUAAACAAACACUCGUGAUGCGGA